CAUCUCAACCGUGCAAAACCACCGCCUUGGCUGCCAUGGAAACGCCUUAUAUCGCCAUAUGGCUUCUAACUCUAGCCCUCAUCCUCCUCUCGCUCCUUCUCCGACGCCGCAGACUCAAUCUCCCUCCUGGCCCAAAACCAUGGCCUAUCAUAGGCAACCUCAACCUGAUCGGCUCACUUCCCCACCGCUCCAUCCACGCCCUCUCCCAAAAAUAUGGCCCAAUCAUGCAACUCCGCUUCGGCUCAUUCCCAGUCGUCGUCGGCUCCUCUGUUGAAAUGGCCAAAACCUUCCUCAAAACCCACGACGUCAUCUUCGCUUCCCGCCCCAAAACUGCGGCCGGAAAAUACACCACCUACAACUACUCCGAUAUAACAUGGUCCCCUUACGGACCCUACUGGCGCCAAGCCCGUAAAAUGUGCCUUGUGGAACUCUUUAGCGCCAAACGUCUGGAAUCCUACGAGUACAUCCGAAAAGAAGAAAUGAACCUCCUGCUAAAAGGCCUUUACAAUUCCACCGGUACCACGAUUCUGCUCAAAGACCACCUCUCCAAUGUCAGUCUCAACGUGAUCAGCCGCAUGGUGCUGGGGAAGAAGUACACGGGGGAGGCCGAGAACGAGAACAAGAUUAUCACCCCGAAGGAGUUCAAGGAGAUGCUUGACGAACUUUUCCUACUCAACGGGGUAUUGGACAUCGGGGAUUCGAUUCCUUGGCUAAGGUUUUUGGAUCUUCAAGGGUAUAUCAAGAGAAUGAAGGCUCUUAGUAAGAAGUUCGAUCAGUUUUUGGAGCAUGUGUUGGAUGAACAUAACGCUAGAAGGAAAGGGGUGAAAGAUUAUGUGGCGAAGGACAUGGUGGAUGUACUUUUGCAGCUCGCCGAUGAUCCUACCCUGGAUGUCAAACUGGAAAGACACGGAGUCAAGGCUUUUACUCAGUUUUUCAAAUUUAGAUUCCCUGAUAUAGUCACGGGAGCAAAGGGCUCUUAAUGUGAUAGUCUAACAUUAGUUAUUAACAGUUUUGUUUAAUUUAAAAGUUAAUUCUUUUUAGUUUAUUUUUAAUAAAUUUAAUUUGAUUUA